CAAAAGAACAUGAAAGCGCGUGAUACAAAAGUUCUAAAUUAAUAGUUGUUAUUUUAUGACUUUACCCACCUAAUUCCGACUUAAAGAUAGUGUAUACAAUAUUUGAAUUUGAAUUAAAGUGUAAUUGUUCACAAUGGAAGAAAUCUUGGAAAAAUGUCACUUCGUUCCUAUGAGUACGAUGAGAAAAGUAAUCGACCUAAUGGACGCUCCCUACUCAGUUGACCCUAUCAAAACAUACUGCAAAAGAAACUUGCUGAAGCUUCAACAAAGUAGAAUAAAUGCUAAGUACCAGGACCCUGAUCUGAAAACCUUCAAGUCGGUGUACAGGAUAGCUUGUUGUAAGGCUAUUUACUCACACAAUUGGAAUAAACUGCUCUAUUUGCUGAAGAAGUUCCCGCCGUGGCAGCAUAACUGGAAGGAUGUUAAUGAAGCCGCUUUGUAUGUUAGAGCACUAGUAAUCCUUAUAAUGUACCACCCAAGUUCACAAGCAAAGGGGCUAUUGAAUGAAUACCUACAUUUUGUAUGGGCGUGCCGGUCUGAUGAAGUGAAGAAAGCCGUCCUUAAAAUACUGCUGACUCUGCCUGAGAAGAUACAUGGUGUUACAAAUAGUAGAUAUAAUGAUACUGAUAAUGCGUGAAUAGAUGAAAUGUUAGCUAUGUAUUGAGCAAAGCAUAAGUGACUAUACCUGAUUGUUUUUUUUUAAUUUACGUUUGGUGAUUUGCGCCAUUUUAACUAUAGUGGUAACUAGACAUGUACUUGCCGUCUAUUGGUCAAAUCGUCGAAUUGACAACUGAAAAUGAUUCUGUUGUAGUUAUAUGGCACAACUCACUGUAAGAUGUUUGUUGAUUUGAUAAAAGUUUGACGAAAGAAUACAAGUGGAAGUUUCUAUGACAUAUGCAGUGUAUUUUGAUUUUAUCUGUGUUACCUUGUUAAUAAGUUAGGCUUAUGUCUCCAAAAAUCUGAAUUUACGCAGACUUGUACUCGUUAUUUAA